AUGAGACCACGGACCAGGCACGUGGCGAGCUAUUGGAGGUUGUGCGACGCGAUGUGUUCGCGUCGUAUAAACCCCUCAACAUUGCAACGUUGGUAUUCUGGACACCCACCGCCUCCUACGUUUUUCGGUGAAUCUGGACUGCCGAUGCCUGUAGAAACUCAUCGGCAAGCGGCGUCGUUGAUAGCGACUUCACCAAAACCUCAGCCAAGAGCCCCAUUGCUGGACCUUACAGCGGUGCUGGCGGUGCUUGCGCUGUCGUACUUGGCCAUCGACAACUAUAGGACGCGAAUGGGCCUGCAAGCGCGUCUGGACGAGCAGGCGACGCAGUCGCAGGAAGCGCAGGAUGUGAUGGCCAGCCAGCUCAAAGCCCAAAGCAGAAAACGAGACCUACAGGUACUGAACGAGCGCAAACAGACGCAGAUGCGCCAGAUGAAGCUUUCGUUGCACGUGGCAAUGCUGCGGAAACAGCUGAUCGACCAGGGGCUCGAGCCUGUCUCAAUCGACGAACUCCGGCGCGAGUUCGAUCGCAGCGUACGAAUGGAGAACAGCGUCAGCAAUGUCAGCGGAACGGCUCUGUGGGUGGUAGACAGCAGUCCCGCCAAGCCGCAUGUAUCGAACGUCCGCGAGUACGACACCAAAAAGCCGAGAGACAGCUGA